AUGGAGGAUUUGGAAUUAUUGAAAUAUUUUGACUGGGAUGAUGACGAUGAAUUCAUCUCUACCUUCUUCAAUGUUAUGCAACACAUUCACGAUGAAGAAAAUUUAGAUGUUGCUCGUACAAGGGCGGUCGUGAAUCAUGAUCGCCAAGCCGCACACGACUUAUUGGUAUGUGAUUACUUUGCUGAUAAUUAUGAUUACAAUGAUGACUCGUUUGAACGUUGUUUCCGUCUUAAUAAGGCUAUAUUUUUACAUAUUAGUAAUGCUUUAGAAGCCUGUUAUGAUUUUUUAAAACAAAACCCCGAUGUUAGAGGAAGAAUGGGUUUUAGUAGAAUACAAAAGUGUGCAGAUGCGCUUGGAUAUUUGGGAUACGGUAUGACAUUUGAUGCAUCCGACGAAUACUUGAAAAUAUCUGAGAGGAACGCAGUUGAUUGUGUAGAUUGGUUUUGUGCAUGUGUGUAUGAAGUUUUUCACCAACAAUAUUUGCGUAAACCUACUCCCCGAGAUAUUGAGAGAUUAUAUUCGGCUCAUGAAGAGAGGCAUGGAUUUCCAGGGUCUAACAACGACAUUAACGUUCUUGGCCAGUCUCUACUUUUCAACGAUCUUUGGACCGGCAAAGCACCUGAUAUGACGUUCACGGUGAACGAACAUUUGUACAAAUACAGUUACUACCUUUGUGAUGGGAUAUACCCAAAUUAUUCUACACUUAUGAAGGCAUAUUUGGUUCCUUGA